CAAGAUGGCGCCACGCGGAGAGAGAAGGCGUCCACGGCGCGCGCCGGGAGGACUGUGAGGGCGGCGGAGGCGCGGAGACGACUUCGCCGCCGGGAGUGAGCGGCCGGGCGCCGGCUCUCCAGUGGGCCGUACUGGCGCUCCCGGGUCGAAGCUGGAAAAGCUUGCCGGCUGGGUGGGAGCUGCCGCCCUCUGCCUGGCGGGGCGGAGGGGCCCCGCGUCCAAGGCGUCCCCGGUGACCGCGGCUUCCUCGGAGCCCCGGGUCUGGAGUCAUGACCCGAGAGGGCCCUCCCCGGGCCGCGGAGGCCGCGGCGCCGCUGAGCGGCUCGGUGCUGGCCGAGGCGGCCGUGGUGUUCGCGGUGGUGCUGAGCGUCCACGCGGCCGUGUGGGACCGGUACUCGUGGUGCGCCGUGGCGCUCGCGGUGCAGGCCUUCUACGUGCAGUAUAAGUGGGACCGGCUGCUGCAGCAGGGCAACGCGGUGUUCCAGUUCCGCGUGGCGGCCAACAGCGGCCUGCUGCCCGCCUCGGUGGUCAUGCCGCUGCUCGGGCUGGUGGUCAAGCAGCGCUGCCAGGCGGCCGAGAACCCGUACUUCGAGCGCUUCGGCAUCGUGGUGGCAGCCACCGGCAUGGCGGUGGCCCUCUUCUCCUCCGUGCUGGCGCUGGGCAUCACGCGCCCGGUGCCCACCAACACGUGCGCCAUCUCGGGCCUGGCCGGCGGCGUCAUCGUGUACGUCAUGAAGCACUCGCUGAGCGUGGGCGAGGUGAUCGAGGUCCUGGAAGUCCUGCUCAUCUUCGUGUACCUGAACAUGAUCCUGCUGUACCUGCUGCCCCGCUGCUUCACCCCCGGCGAGGCGCUGCUGGUGCUGGGGGGCAUCAGCUUCGUCCUCAACCAGCUCAUCAAGCGCUCGCUGACCGUGGUGGAGACGCAGGGAGACCCGGUGGACUUCUUCCUGCUCGUGGUGGUGGUGGGCAUGGUGCUCCUGGGAGUCUUCUUCAGCACCCUCUUCGUCUUCAUGGACUCGGGCACCUGGGCCUCCUCCAUCUUCUUCCACCUCAUGACCUGCGUGCUGGGCCUCGGCGUGGUCCUGCCCUGGCUGCACUGGCUCACCCGCAGGAACCCCCUGCUCUGGCUCCUGCAGUUCCUCUUCCAAACCGACACCCGCAUCUACCUCCUAGCCUACUGGUCGCUGCUGGCUGCCUUGGCCUGCCUGGUGGUGCUGUACCAGAACGCCAAGCGGUCAUCUUCCGAGUGCAAGAAGCACCGGGCCCCCACCAUCGCGCGGAAGUAUUUCCACUUCCUCGUGGUGGCCACCUACAUCCCCGGCAUCAUCUUCGACCGGCCGCUGCUGUACGUGGCCGCCACCGUGUGCCUGGCGGUCUUCAUCUUCCUGGAGUACGUGCGCUACUUCCGCAUCAAGCCCCUGGGCCACCCCCUGCGGAGCCUGCUGACCCUCUUCCUGGACGAGCGGGACAGCGGCCCGCUCAUCCUCACACACAUCUACCUGCUCCUGGGCAUGUCCCUUCCCAUUUGGCUGGUCCCCAGGCCCUGCACCCAGAAGGGUAGCCUGGGAGGAGCCAGGGCCCUGGUCCCCUAUGCCGGCGUCCUGGCUGUGGGGGUGGGCGACACCGUGGCCUCCAUCUUCGGCAGCACCAUAGGCGAGAUCCGCUGGCCUGGAACCAAGAAGACUUUCGAGGGUACCAUGACGUCCAUCUUCGCACAGAUCAUCUCUGUGGCGCUCAUCUUGAUCUUUGACAGCGGGGUGGACCUGAACUACGGCUACGCCUGGAUCCUGGGCUCCAUCAGCACCGUGUCCCUGCUCGAAGCGUACACCACGCAGAUAGACAAUCUCCUGCUGCCUCUCUACCUCUUGAUACUGCUGAUGGCCUAGCAGGGGCCACGGGCACGGGGAGGCUGAGGGGUCCCCAGGCAGCCAGCCGCUCGGCGUGGAGAGCCGAAAGAGUAGACGGCAGAUUGGGUUUUCAGUUGAUUCAGAUUUAAAAUUAAAAAAACAAAAAAG